CAUCAUCCCGAUGAGCCACCCCCGUGCACAGCAGUGCGCACUCACACACGAGGUUUCGUCUCGUCAAAGCGUUAAUGUUCGCCUGUACUGGCUGAUGAGGUAGGUGGCCGAAAAUAGAAAUAUAAACCCCACGAGAUGACGGAAUUGUUGGUCGACAAGGAUGGCGAAGGCGACGAAGAGGAGCAAGAGCUGCAAGUCAUGCGAGACGAGGAAGAUGACGAAGGAGGCUUCGGUUCCAACCAUACCCUCAAGUUAUCCCCGAUUACAGUCACCAUUCAGUCGGAGAUAUUUUGCCUCGCCUUCUCCGCUGAUGGGAGGUUUCUUCUUGCGUGCUGCGGAGACGGCAUAGUGCGAGUGUUAAACCCACACAACGGGGUUGUCAUUUCGGUGCUGGUUUCGAAGCGAGAGAGGAGCAGAACAGGCUACGGCAAGGUUGAAAGGGGCAGCAGCGGCGCCUUGGGCUUGCAAAAGAAACGCUCGUCGUCUAUCUUCGACAGCGUAACGCUUCCUUGCACCUGUGCCGCAUUUCGACCAUACAACAAGGGCGAAAAGACGAACGGAGUGGCCCUCAUCGGAUACUCCCACGGUGAAAUCCAGCUCUGGCACGUGCCGUCAGCCAAGGUAUUGCACCAACAGGCUGUUCCACCGGAAGACUCAAAUUCGCGGGAAGGGACGGGCGACGGGGAUGAAGCAGAAGAAAAAGGCGAAGCUAGCAAACGAGAUGACGAUAUCGAGAUAUCCAUCGGGGUGGAGGUGCUGUGCUGUGCCUUCUCCGGCGACGGCGAAUCCUUUGCGGUGGGAGCAAGCGACGGGGUCGUGAGGGUCUACAGCGACACCACGAGGGAAAUGUUGGUUGAGCUCAAGCCUGGGAUGGCGCGAGGCUCCGGGCACAGCAGCAGGGUGUUCAGUGUCAAGUUUCACCCAGACGACUCGAACACUCUCGUCAGCGGCGGUUGGGACAACUGCGUACAAGUGUGGGACGUUGAAAAGGCCACCACUGUGACGACCGUCUUCGGCCCCCACAUCUGCGGAGAUGCUGUGGGAGUGUUCGGUCGGACCAUUGUAACGGGCUCUUGGCGUGACGAGUCUCAGCUGGAAGCUUGGGACAUGGACUCUGGGAAGGCCAGCGGCCCCUCCUUCUGGAGCGGAAGCGGCAAGGGGGCGCUAUUGCAGCAGGCCUUGGGUCGCAGGUGCCGGUUGUACGCGGCGGCUUUCGGCGGGCCUGAGGAUGCGCGAGGAAAGUUCGUUGCGGCCGGCGGGGGCGAGGGGGCGAACGAAGUGAAGGCGAGAGCACGUAGACCAGCCUUGAUUUGUGUUCAAGUUGAUCUUGCAGCAAGUACCACACAUCGAACACGGGUACUGCAGUGA